AUGGAAAAUGAGAUCAAUAAUUAAGAUUAAUAAUAACAAUAAUUUCCAGAUGAUGAAAGUAUAAAACCAUAAAAUUUAUUUACUAACCAUCUUAUCUCAUCUAAUAGAAGAAGUUACACAAAUUUUUCUUAAUCUCAACUUAUUUAGUCAAAUCUCUCUUAAUUAUUAGAAAAAGUUUUAAUUCAUAUUUUAUCUGAAUAACUAAUAGAAAUGGGUUCUUUCAUAAAUGUAGACAAAUGUGAAUUGGAAUUAUUUUGCUCAAAACUUUCUAUAUAACCACUUAAAGAUUUUAUUUAAAAUUAAGAUGACUCUAAGCUACAUCAUUAGUAAUUAUAGCAUUAUCAAAAUUAUGAAAAAGACUUAGAAACAAUCAAAGCUCAAAUUGAUCCCAAAAAAUUACGUAUGUUGAUUUUUUAAUGCAACAAGCUGGUUGUAACUUACAAAUCCAUCUAAUUAUUGAUUAACAAAUUUAAAGUUCAGAUUUAUGCUAAUUCUAUUGAUGGAGAAUUAAGCAGGUUACAGUGUUACAAUUUGUUUGAGAAAAUUCAAUUAGAACUUUUUCAUAUUUAGAAAUAUCACGAAAUUAUCAAAUAAAGAUUGGCAGAGAAAAAUGAAAUUGGAUAAUUUUUAAAUUAUCCUAUAAAAGAUGUGUAUAAAUAAGAAAUUAAACGUUAAUUUUGUUAAUUAUUUAUCUAAAAAGAUUAAUAAUUAUAAGCGUAAAAAUAAAGGACAGAAAUUUAACCAACAUUAACAAUAAAUAAAAAAUUGCCAAGUCAUCGUCAAUCUACUCUUACUUUAUUAAAACCUACAAAGCAUGCUUAAUCUAUUUCAAAUGAAAAUAGGUUAAGUGAAGAAAUUUCAAUAAAAAGCAAAAUUACUUAGCAUUUUUCUUCAAUUGACAAAAGAGCAAAUGAUACAAUGUCCUAAAAAUAAUUGUAGUUAUUGUAAAAAUAUAAAACUAAAUUUUCCACAACAUUUUAUGACUCCUUUACUAUGAAGUUAAUCGAAAAUAUUUAUUUGUCUAUUUAAACUAAUUUUCUAAUAAAUAAUAUAGAAGAAGUAUUUGAAAAUUAUAAAAAUCUCAUAAAUCUAUAGCCAUUAUAGUAAAUUAUGAGAUUACUCAAAACUCAAACAUGUAUUAAUAUAUUUGAGCAAAUUAUCAACAAUAAAUCCCUGUAGCUUAAUGAUGAAUUAUGUAGCAAAGAUCUAAAGGCUAAAUGCAAAUAAGAUUUGAAAAUACUUUCUGAUAUUUUUACAUAAGAAUAACUUAUAAAAUUACAUCAAAAUAUAUAUCAUUUAAAUUAAAUGAUGAGCACAUAUUUAAAUUAAUUAGAUAACAUAAUCCAUCAAAUACUAGAUGACAAUAAGAACGCAAUAAAUUUUGAUGUAAUAUAAAUACAAGCAGGUGUUUAUCAGUUAAUGGAAGAUGUAAGUUCUAAAAUUUAUGGUUAAACUUUAUUAAUGUUAAAAUAUAUUCAAAACAAUAGCAUUGUUUUAUUAUAAUCUUUAUCAAACUUCUUAUCAAAAACUAAUUUUUUAGAGCAACAUGUGCUUCUCUAUCCAUUUUAGUAGUUGGCAUCAGCAAUUAAUAAAACUAUAAAUUAAGUCAUGCACUAAGCUUAAAAUGAAAUAGUAAGUAAUCUAUUAUUUGAAACAUAUAUUUGCAUACUUUCUAAGCAUAUGAUUGAUAGAAGAUAAUAAUAUGCUGAGUAGCUUAAUUCUUAGAGUAAACAAAUUAUGUUGCAAAUUUCUUAAAUUAUUUAAGGAAAACAAUUAAAAUAGUAGAUUCAAUCAUAUUCAUAAUCGAAAGUUAUGUUAUUUGAUCUGAAUGAAAUUUAAUAAUCCAUUGAAUGGUUAUUCGAUUAACAUAUUCUCAAAAAAUAAAUUAAUAGAACUAUUGAUUCAAUUGAAGAAUUUUCUUUCUUUAUUUCAUAAAUUAUUUCUUAAAUAAAAGCCCUUUUUGAAGAAGAAUUUUUUAAUGAAAACAUCAAAUAUAAUAGAAUCGCUUCUUAAUUGUAGCUUUUUGAAAAUUAUGUGAAAUAAGAAAUACUUAAAAAACCAUCUGAAUAGCAGUUGAAAAUUUAAUGGUCGAACAAAAUCUUUAGACUUUUUCAUAAAAUUAAUAAUGAAUAUUUACCUUCAUCAAGGGCAACUACUCGAAGGAAAUAAACAACUGAACCAAAAUCUAUGGAAAAUCAAACUUCACUAUAGAGCCCAAUGCCAUCUUAAUAACAAUCAAAACUCACAUUUUUUAAGCAGAGUAUUUAUGUGAAAGGAAAUAGAACCCAUAUUCAAUAAACUGAAAGGUUAACAUAAUCCACUGUAAAGUUUAAAGAUUAUAAAGAUUUAGAAAAAAAAUUAAGUUGA